AUGGCGACAGACCCGCCUCUAAUCGCCCCUUCUGCUCCUGAAACUACGGUUGACGUUCCCAAUAAUCACCAGGCGACAAGGGUCCGGUUCGAUGAAACUCCAACAAGGCUGGGUCACGAUAUCCUCAGCGAUUCCUCAGACGAUUGCGGAGAUGCCGAUGACAUUCUUCAGACUGGCCCCCCAUUGCAAGCCGUUGCCGAACCACAAAUUGCGGAAAGAGGGGACACCUCAGAGCAUUCGGAGGAGAUACCAGGGCCAGUGCCCUCAGAUGGCUUCAGAGAUGCCGACACCGACGAAAACCAGCAGAGUGGCCCACCUACAUUGGUUGAUAGCGAAUCCCAGAUUGAAGCAGAGAAAACAGAUGGCGCGAGACAUUCGGGCGGAAGACUGAGGCCAAUGUCGCGCCUGUUCUUCCGACGACUCAGCAGAAGGAAUACCGGUGAUAGCUUACAGAGCGCUUACCCAGAAGCUACAAAACGUGUCAUGGAUACAGCAAAGAGUCGGAUCCCCAAGGGGACCCAUGACCACAGUUGUCGGCUUAUGCCCUCUAGCGGCGUUUCACUUGUGAAAAACCCUGCGAUGUAUAUUAUUUCGGUUCACGACAUUGAAGAAGUUGACCAGCGGGACAACAGGCCACCGAGUGCGAAUAGCUCAACGUCCACGUCGCAUAUGAACGUGGGGGGUGUCAGACGCGUCUCUCUCUCAGAAAAGCUGGCAGUCCUGCUCGACCACGACGAAAGAAACGGAGAUGAGGCGGCUGCGAAGAGGACCAUUUGAUGGCUUGAGGACCCGGACAUGUUCCCUAGCAUCAUGCCCGAGGCCUGCGUCUUACAUUUCACUUAUUCCGACCCACCAAAAUGCGUAACU